AUGGCGCUUCAAGCUUCAAGUGCUAAAAGUCGCAAGGCCUCGCGGGUCAAGAUCGCCUCGCCAGUUGGGGCCAUCUUGGCGACGCGACGACUUGAAAGCGCCAACGCAAAGACUAUCAAGGACAUGAAGACAUGCAAGAGAAGGUUUCAAUCGCUUUCCAGCCUUCGCAAGAGGCACCGACGAGACUUAAAAGCCGCCGGGUCAAAGACGGAUACAUCGGCGACGUGUUGGUCGCGUGCACGCUGGUCGUGGUCGCAUUCGUCGGCGGGUACUCUACCGUCUCACGCCGCGAGGAGACGGCGAUGGCGAGCAGGGCUCUACCCUUCGCGAUGGGACGGCGACGGCCCACCUGCAGCGCCUCGCUUGACUAAGAGGCCAACGACCACGAUGACGUAUGGCGACGAAUGGCGGUCGCACGGCGACGGGGACUGGUUGGCGGCGCUUCUCCCGUCGGCGUCACAUUCGGACGGCGACGUUUCGCGACACUUCGUCCCGGAAGCGCGGGUGGGAGCUCACGGGAACAUCACCAGCAAUGGAGGUAACGCGGGGGUCUCCCGUGCAUGCGGAAGCGGGGGUGGGAGCUCGCGGGGUCAGCGGCGAGAUAAGGAGGUAACGCAGUGGUCUCCCAUGCAUGAGGAAGCGGGGAUGGGAGCUCGCGGGACCGCAAGGCGACGCUUCUUCGGGGGAGCGGAGCGCGGCGCAGUGUGGCGCAUCGGAGCACGGCGCUCGUCGGCGCUUCUCUCUGCUGUGGUGGUUUGA